ACAUUAGAUGGGUAGGGUUUCAACACAUCCUCUGCAGCAAUAGCAUCACAUCAAACGUCGACGUAUCGAAUUCCAAGAAACCUUAAAAGCUUAAUUUCGUUGUUCAUCUUCGCGAAUUACGACCAAUCUGGGCCGAACACAAAGAACCUCAAACAUGUACUACAGAGGUGGUUACAUGGAUGGUGCUGAUCCCCGCGAGUUGGGUUUAAAAAGGCAGCGGUUACUUGAUCAGGGAUCUUCAUAUUAUGGGGCUGGCCCUGGUUCAAGUUACAUGUACAGUCCACCUGCUUACUCCUAUGUUAAUCAACCCCCACCUUUUCCUGUUGUCCGACUCAGAGGCUUACCUUUUGAUUGCUCUGAAAAUGAUGUCUAUGAGUUUUUCCAUGGUCUUGACAUAGUUGAUGUUCUACUUGUACACAAGAAUGGAAAAUUUUCGGGGGAAGCUUAUUGUGUGUUGGGGUAUCCUCUUCAAGUAGAUUUUGCUCUUCAGAGGAAUAGGCAAAAUAUUGGUAGGAGGUAUGUUGAGGUUUUCAGGAGCAAGAGACAAGAGUACUACAAGGCAAUUGCCAAUGAAGUUUCAGAUGCUCGUGGUGGUUCUCCUCGUGGUAUAUCAAGGUCAUCAAGGGCAAAAUCCCAUGAUGAGGGUAAGGAGUCUGCAGAGCACACUGGCUUUUUGCGAUUGAGAGGAUUGCCAUUCUCUGCUGGAAAGGACGAAAUCAUGGAUUUCUUUAGGAACUUUGAUCUCUCAGAAGACUCGAUUCAUAUUCCAGUUAAUUCUGAAGGAAGACCAACUGGAGAAGCUUUUGUUGAGUUUUCAAGUGCUGAGGACUCAAAAGCUGCAAUGGUGAAUGAUCGGAAGACUCUUGGGAGUCGCUAUAUAGAACUUUUUCCAUCAUCAUCGGAGGAGUGCCAAGAAGCAGUUACAAGGGGAAGAUCUAGUGCCUCGCACGAUGGAGACGAGUCACCUGAACAGACUACAGUAGUUCGAAUGAGGGGCUUGCCAUUUUCAGCUGGGAAGGAUGAUAUAAUGGAGUUUUUUAAAGAAUAUGUGCUCUCGGAAGACUCCAUACAUAUUACAUGUAAUAUGGAUGGAAGGCCAACCGGAGAAGCAUUUGUAGAGUUCGCAGGUCUGGAUGAUGCAAAAGGGGCAUUGGCGAAGGAUAGGAUGACACUAGGGAGACGUUACAUAGAGCUUUUUCCGUCAUCACUUGAGGAUAUGAAGGAAUCCGGUGCUAGGGGACGAUAAUUUGUCUUUUGGCUUUAUUCAUCUUGUGUACUUUAAUAAAUUAUGAAUGACUGCUUCACAUUGUGCAUUUCUGCCAAAAAAUUGAUGAGAUAUUAGUUUUUUUGUUGGUUGAUAGACAUUGAAAAAUGCCCAGAAUACUAGUCUGGAAAUGCGGAGCCCAAAAUACUUUGUGCUUUGUGCUGAAAGAUAUGGAAAUGGUGGACGACACAAAGAUGCGUAUCAAGCACAAGAAAAACAAGAAGAAGCCAUGUACCUCUUUUGGCCAAUAUGUUUCUUAGAUGUGAUGUGUGUAUUCAGAUGCAUUUUGUUGUUGAAGCAGUGCAGUGCUCCGCUGAUGAUGAGAAGUUAUGUGUAGUAUGUCUGGUCAGUGUGGCAAUAUCGGACCUGACACGAAAAACCGACAGUCUGGUAUAUCUGUCUGUUUUUUCUAAAUUGUGUUCUGAGCAAAUUUCUUUAUAUUUUUAUACUUUAUGACAGCAUUAAAACAAAAUUUUAGGUA